GCGCGAAGACUGCGCCCGCGCAUAACUCGACGACCACUCGGACAGACCAGUGCGGUACAAAGAUAUUACUCAAAAUACAUUUCAAUUACAUGUGGUGGUGUUAUCAACAUGAAGAGUUGUAUCUUACUUAGUGUUGUUUUCAUACAGUUGGGGUGGACUUACGGAGAUCCAGCACCCGCCGGCGUAGGUGCAUAUGCGUACCAAGACUCAGCUGGCAAUAGGUACGGUGGGACUUACGGCCUUGACGGCGCCAAGGAGUACUCCUCCAAGGGAAAACCAAUCGGCCCAGGAAACAGUGGCACCGCAGACCCUUGGGGAAACUUUGCAGACGCUCAAGCCUUCUCAGGAGGCUUCGGCGGAGGCUGGCCAAACUUUGCCCCAUACCAACAAAACUUUCAGCAAUACGACGAUUUUUUCCCAGAAUACUUUAACAAUCUGCAAACCCUGCUGAACGAGGCGUUCAGUUCGAAUUUUGAGAAUCAGAAGUUAGCGUAUAACGCGGCGAGGAAGGCAUUCGACUUGACGUCGAACCAAGCCGGUUACAUUCCUAAUUUCACCAGCAGGUUAAACAACUUCAAUUUCGGUGGGUUCCCCCCAUUCGGGAUGCCGAUGCCGAUGGGGCCUAACAGCGCGUUCGCCGGCGCCUCGGCUGGCCCGGGCUUCACACACCAGGUGGCUGCUUUGAACCCGGAGAACCCGAGCGAGCCAAACGUUAACGUAAUGUCCCGCUUUGGCGAAGACGUCCCCAGAGCUGGACGUGGCAAAUACGUCAGCGUGUCCUCCUCAUCUUUCUCGUCAUCCUCGAACGUCAACGGCAAGGAGAAGACCCACAAGGCGGCCGAGACAUACGUCAACAACAACGGGAAGGUCACCCACUACAGGGUGGAGAGCUAAACUCAACCUUAUCCCAUAACAGUUAGAUCUCAACGGUAUCAAUCUGUACUUUGAUGUAGACUUUCAGGUUGUUUGUACAAACUGAUCAGAAUAAAGUGAUGUAAUUCUACUACGUAUUUUUAGUA